GCUAACUUUGCCGGAAGCUAGCUAGCUACGAAGCUAGGCUAACUUAGCCAGAAGCUAACGCAGCCAGUUUGUCAGCUUUCGUUGCGGGAUAACGACAUGUUUUGAGUGCGAAAGGUUUGGGUUAGAUUCGUCAAAUUUCCAUGUGACAUCCCAACAGCUGGGUCCUGUUUCCAGACGCUGAUUCACAGCUGGACUUCCGUCAUUUACACACACACACACACACACACACAAUGUGGCUUCAGCAGAGACUAAAGGGGCUACCGGGGUUGUUAUCGAGCAGCUGGGCGAGAAGAGCCCUCAUAGGACUGCUGCUGUUCCUCAUCUUCUACUGGUACCUGGGGGCGGAGAGGAGGUGGAGGCUCUUCAGCGGCUCGGCCAUGCCCGGCGGGAAGGCGGGACAGUGCCUGCUGGCGGAGAUCCACAGGUGGAAGUCUCUCGUGGACAGAGGAGAGGGGAUAUACAGCACGCCCCAGGAGCAGCUAGACACACCUUUUAUAUCAGGUAACGGCCAUAUCCUUAUUGACAUUGACUCUAACAAACUGUGGGUGGCGUCGUCUUCACAGCCCGGCUCGGCUCCGGUCCACCAGACAGAGUACUCCCCGAGAGUCGGGGUCCAUCUGGAGGGGAAGCGCGUCGAGGUCCAGGCCACCAUGCUGUGGUUCCGCAAAGGAGCCGUGCUGUCGGUCCGCUGUGCCUUACCCGCCGCGCUGCAGUCGGCCCGGGACUGCGUCACCAUCAGAGAGGAGUUUAUCGCGCACAGAAGCAGACCCAACGUCUACCUCCAGCGAAUCCACAUAAACAACCCGUCUGACAAGGCCGUCAACUUGGACGUGUUUUAUAGCAACCCCUCCUUCGGGGGCAAGUUCUCCUCCAGCGUGGAGAAACUGGAGGACCGAGAGAUCGUGCUGUCCUCCGGCCGAGUGCCCGUGGAGAACAAUCGCAUUGUUCUGGUGGUCGUGGUCACCAAGAAGAUCAACGCCAGGAUCCAGGUUCCUGCUAAGUUAGAGCACAAAGACAACAUCUUGUCAGUGGUGUGGACGUCGGAGCCCAUCGAGCCCUCCAAGCUGGAUGAGACCUUCGUCGCCCUCAGAGACGGAGCCAAAAGGGAGCUGGGCGAGCUGCUGAGGGCCAACGUGGACGAGCUGGUUGUAGAUCACCAGCAGGCCUGGGUGGACCUCUUCAUUUCAGGCAUUGAAAUGCGGAAGAUCACGGACUCCCACACCCCGUCGAGCCGCACGGUGAACACCACCCUCUACUACAUCCUGUCCUCCUCCUGGGCUCCCCUGCUGGACCGGAGUCUCACGGGCGAGGAGCGCGUCCGCCUGGAGUCCAGCCUCAACUACGCCGACCACUGCUUCAGCGGCCACGCCACCAUGCACGCCGAGAACCUGUGGCCCGAGCGCGUGAGCAGCGCCGCCCAGAUCCUGCAGCUGGUCACGCUGUGGACCCUGACGCUGCAGAAGCGAGGCUGCAAGGCGCUGGUGGCGGCCGGCGCGCACGGCGCCGUGCAGGGCGCGGCGCUCAGCUUCGGCGGCCUCCAGUUCACCGAGAACCACCUGCAGUUCCAGGCCGACCCGGACGUGCUGCACAACAGCUACGCGCUGCGCGGCAUCCACUACAACCAGGACCUGAUCAACCUGGCGGUGCUGCUGGACGCCGUGGGGAAGCCCUUCCUCCACGUGUCGGUGAAGCAGCAGGAGAAGCCGGUGAAGCUGUACGCCUGCGAGGCCGGCUGCCUCAACGAGCCCGUGGAGCUGACGUCGGAGACCAAGGGCCACACCUUCCCCGUGAUGGUGACGCAGCCCAUCACGCCGCUGCUGUACAUCUCCACGGACCUGCGCCACCUGCAGGACCUGCGCCACACGCUGCAUCUCAAGGCCAUCCUGGCCCACGAGGACCACAUGGCCAACCGGUACCCGGGCCUGCCCUUCCUCUUCUGGUUCAGCGUGGCCUCGCUCAUAACGCUCUUCCACCUCUUCCUCUUCAAGCUCAUAUACAACGAGUACUGUGGCCCCGGGGCCAAGCCCCUCUUCAGGAGCAAGGUAUAAACAGCGGGGGUGAAACCCAGCAGAAAGGACUACACCGCAAACUGAUCUGCUCUGGUUUGGUUUGGACUUGUUCGUGUGGUGGCAAAGAUUUCCCCUCUCUCUCUCUCCCUCUCUCUCUCUUUCAAUGCUCUCUCUGUGGGUUGGUUUUUGCUUUCCACCUUCUCUAAAUCUCACGUGCUACAUGUUUGGAG